UCAAGCUCUCAAACUCUAAAGUACGUCGACUCAAUCGCCAUAUUGGCUUCGGAGAAGCUCAUGUGUGCGCGAACGUCCUCUGUUUUUUUGUUGUUUGUUUUGUUUUUUCCCCCCUCCAGCGGAUUUAAAGUGACAAGAAGCGGUUGGGAGUUGACGAAAGCGAGGCGAGCUAAAACGGUUGACGUUUUAAUGGCGUGAACGGUUUUCCCCAUCUUUACCCUACGUCGCGUUUGACUAUUUUUUUGGGAAGAUCUUAACCAGCGUAGAAUUGUUUUCGUUCACCCCGAAAAAAGUGGACGCUCCCGGUUGUUUUCGUGGGUCUUUCUCCGUGGUGGAGCGGAGCGGGGUGGGGGAUUAAAACAGAAAACAACAAAACAUUAAAAAAAAAAAAGAUGUCCGAUGUUCGACUUUCCAGCGGCAGCCCGACGUUGGAGCGGAGCGAACCGCGCUUGUCGGAGCACCCAAAACCGUCAGCCUGCCGGAUCCUCUUCGGCUCGGUGGACCACGACGAGCUCCGUCGGGAUUUAAAGGGACACCUGCGGGAGCUCGAGGAGGCCGCCGUCGCCAAAUGGAGCUUCGACUUCGCCUCGCACAGCCCGCUGGAAAACGACGCCGGGCUCCGCUGGGAGCUGGUGGACUGUCGCGAUGUGCCGGACUUCUAUACGCGACUGGAGCGAAGGAGUUCGGGGAAUAACCGUUUGGAUGUAAACGGGAACCACCGCUGUGUUGUCGGCGAGCCCGCGGAAGAGCGAGCCGGUGGGCCGACGUCGUGCCCGGAGCAGUGCACCGCUUUGAGGAAGAGACCUGCCUGUCACGAGCCCUCAACCCAAAGUAAGAGGUCGCACAGCAGCCCGGCUGAGUAUCCGAGCCGGAGUCGCUCCGCCGAACACACGCCCAGAAAGAGCAGCGGAAGCCCGGGGAGGCAAACGUGAGACGCGCGAGUUGAAGAUGCAUUUCCUCUGCGUAUCUCAGUCGCCUUUUUUUUUUCUUCGUUUUGGAAGAAGAGGAAGUACACACAUCAUGAGAAACAUAUCAGCUCUCUUCGAGGACGCUGUUGAAGCACUGAUUCAGAAAAACACUAAAAAAAAAAACAAAGUUGUGGCACUCAAAACGAAAAUUUGUUGUUUUUGUUUAAAGUUACUGCCUCUGAAAAGCAGUCGAUGUAGCAUUGUGCAAUUAGGUUUGAGUUCUGUUCCUUUGCUCCUUAUUUUUUUUUGUACUACCUGUGUGUGUAUAUAAAUUAUAAUUAUUUCUCUCAAUUAAAAAGGACAAGGUGUGAAUUUUGAUUUGACGUGAAGAAUUGCAGUGUAGUUUGAUUUCCAAAAUGCUGUUUUAUUUACUGAAAGGCAGUUUUGACUUUGACACAGUUAAAAAAAUAAGAGUGUGUGUGUGUGUGUGUGUGUGUGAGAGAGAGAGAGAGAGAGAAAAAAAGAUAAAUCGCUUCAGUUUCUCGACAGUGUAUCUUCACACUUCCAAACUUGUCAGUGAAGAACGGUACAAAUGUGACCAUUGUCUGUUCCCUUCACAGGAUUGCAAAGUUAUUAUUUAAAUGGCCCUAAUACUUCUGAUGGAGGAUUUUUAGUUAUUUUUUUUGUUAUUAUUAUUAUUAUUAUUAUUAUUAUUUUAAAGUUUCUCAGAAUCUGAUUUCCUUUUUGUGUUCCUUGCACACCUCAGCCUUUAUUCAAACAGUGCGAUGGAGUUGAGGUACUUUUUGAAGAAAAAAAAAAAAAAUUCAAGAUUGGUGCGAAAGGGUCGUAGGGCAUGUGUGUUCGUCCUCCUCUUUGUUAAGUCACCUGCCUUAAUCCUGAUUUGAAUGUUCUUACAAGACCAAACCGUUGGCCGCCAAGUGCUUCUUUUGACUUCACAUAGUUUGACUUUGUGAUAACCUUGAACUAAAACUGCAUUGCAAAAUUUGUGUUUAGCCUGCUGAGGAUGCUGAUGUUGGCAUCUAGAAGCUUUUUUUAAAUUUUUUUUUUUUUUGGGCCUAAUGUUCCAACCCCAGUGUCAAACUGGACCAGACGGAGGAACACCAGCUCGUCUCAGAAAUGCAGUCGCUAUUGCCUGUGUAUUUUUGUGUAAAUAUUUUCUUUGUACAUUAUUUUGUAAAAAAAAUUGAAAAACAAAAAAACCCCACAGAAAUUAUACUAACUUAUUUAUGUCAAGCUUUUUUUUAAAUGUAGAAUAUAAAAAAAAAAUUGAUUCACGGUUAUCCAAAGUGGCAUUUACUUUAUUAUUAUAAUUGUAUUAUUUUUUAAAACCAUAUUUGUGGUAGUUUUUUUUCCCCCCUUCUUAUCAACAAGGUUGCAAACUGAGCCUAAUAAGAUAUUUUGAUGUGCAUUGUUUUUGUUUUUUUUUUUUUGUAAUGUGUGGACAUAAAAUGUGUUGCAAUCAAUUAAAACAGUUAAAAUUGAA